UUAGGACUAGGGGCUGUAGCCACAGCGCGUCCCUAGCAGCAGCGGUGUCGGAGUGAGCGCGUACACGUGACUCCGGCUUUGGCUCCUCAGUGCCUCUACAAACAGAGGCGCACACACACAUCCCUUCUCUUCUCCAUCUAGUCUCUUCCCCCUCCCUCCCUCUCACACACACGCCGUGCGAGCCGCCGCCAGGGCAAAGCUCUAGGCACACGCCGGGGUGGCAGCGCCAGGAGCAGCAGCGGUUCAACCAAGAAGCAAGAGUUUGCAAAGGCUGCUCUGCCUGGCCGAAGAGGCUUUGCACCCGGAGGAUGGCUGGCUGCGGGCUGUCAGAAGAUGCCUUCUUCUCUUCCUUCUUCUACAACUACACCUCCUCCUGGGAGAGCUCCUACAACCAGUGUGCUGCUCUGGUUGGUGAAGACCAGCCUCUUUGCCCAGAUCUCCCAGAACUUGACCUUUCUGAACUAGAUGUGAAUGACUUGGAUGCAGACAGUUUUCUGGGUGGACUCAAGUGGUACAGCGACCAAUCAGAAAUCAUUACCAAUCAGUACAGCAAUGAAUCAUCAAAUAUAUUCGAGAAGAUAGAUGAAGAGAAUGAAGCAAACUUGCUAGCAGUUCUCACUGAGACACUGGACAGUAUCCCUGUGGAUGAGGAUGGAUUGCCUUCAUUUGAUGCACUGACAGAUGGAGAUGUGACCAAUGAAAAUGAUGCUAGCCCUUCACCAAUGCCCGACGGCACCCCUCCGACUCAGGAGGCAGAAGAGCCGUCUCUACUUAAGAAGCUCUUGCUGGCUCCAGCCAACAUUCAGCUAAAUUACAAUGAAUGUCGUGGUCUCAGCACACAAAACCAUGCAAACACUAAUCACAGGAUCAGAACAAGCCCUGUGGUUGUUAAGACCGAGAAUUCAUGGAGCAAUAAACCGAAGAGCAUUUGUCAACAGCAAAAGCCACAAAGACGUCCCUGCUCUGAGCUUCUCAAGUAUCUGACUACAAAUGAUGACCCUCCUCAGACCAAACCAACAGAGACCAGGAACAGCAGCAAAGACAAAUGCAUCUCCAAAAAGAAGCCCCAUCUGCAGUCUCACGCACAUCAUUUGCAAGCCAAACCAACAAGUUUAUCACUUCCUUUGACACCUGAGUCACCAAAUGAUCCCAAGGGUUCCCCAUUUGAGAACAAGACUAUUGAACAAACCUUAAGUGUGGAACUCUCUGGAACUGCAGGCCUAACUCCACCUACAACCCCUCCUCACAAAGUCAACCAAGAUAAUCCUUUCAGGACUUCACCCAAGCUGAAGUCAUCAUGCAAGACUAUUGUACCGCCCUCAAAAAAGCCUCGCUACAGUGAGUCUUCCAGGUCUCAAGGACAUAACACAAUCAAGAAGAGUCCAGAACAGUCUGAGCUGUAUGCACAGCUUAGCAAGACAACAGUACCGUCCAGUGGACAUGAGGAGAGAAAGACAAAACGGCCUACUUUGCGGCUGUUUGGUGACCAUGACUACUGUCAAUCUGUGAAUUCAAAAACCGAAAUACACAUUAAAAUAUCCCAGGAACUUCAGGACUCCAGACAACAAGAAUUUAAAGAUUCUGCACCUGGGUGGCAGUGUCAGAUUUGUUCUUCUUUAGAACAAGACCAGUAUUACAGGAGAGAGACUUUACAGGCAAGUAAGCAGGGUUCUCACUCUUGCAGCCGAAAACAGCUCCAAGACCAGGAUAUCCGGGCCGAACUGAAUAAGCACUUUGGUCACCCCAGCCAAGCUGUUUUUGAUGAAGAGGCAGAUAAGGCCAAUGAACUGAGGGACAGUGAUUAUAGUAAUGAACAAUUCUCCAAACUACCUAUGUUUAUAACUUCAGGACUAGCUAUGGAUGGCCUCUUUGAUGACAGUGAAGAUGAAAGUGAUAAACUGUGCUACCCUUGGGAUGGGACAGAAGCCUAUUCAUUGUUUGAUGUAUCGCCUUCUCGCUCUUCUUUUAACUCUCCGUGCAGAGAUUCAGUGUCUCCACCCAAAUGCUUCUUUUCUCAAAGAUCCCAAAGGAUAUGCUCUAGAUCAAUGUCCUUUCCUCAACACAGGUCUUGUUCCUGUUCUCCAUAUUCCCGAUCGAGAUCAAGGUCGCCACGUGGCAGAUCCUCUUCCAGAUCUUGUUACUAUUAUGAGUCCAGCCACUGUAGACAUCGAGCAUACAGAAGUUCUCCUUUAUAUGCAAGAUCACGAUCCAGAUCACCGUAUAGUUGUAGACCCAGAUAUAACAGCUAUGAGGAAUAUCAGCAUGAAAGACUGAAGAGGGAAGAAUACCGCAAAGAGUAUGAAAAACGGGAAUCUGAAAGGGCCAAACAAAGGGAGAGGCAGAGACAAAAAGCAAUUGAAGAACAUCGUGUGAUGUAUGUGGGUAAAAUCAGAGCUGAUACCACCCAAACAGAACUGAGGGACCGGUUUGAAGUUUUUGGUGAAAUUGAGGAGUGUACAGUACAUCUGCGGGAUGAUGGAGACAGCUAUGGUUUCAUCACCUACCGCUAUACUUGUGAUGCGUUUGCUGCUCUCGAAAAUGGAUACACUUUACGCAGAUCAAAUGAACCUGACUUUGAGUUGUACUUUUGUGGACGCAAGCAAUUUUGCAAGUCUAACUAUGCAGACCUAGACUCAAACUCAGAUGAUUUUGAUCCUGCUUCCACUAAGAGCAAAUAUGACUCCAUGGAUUUUGAUAGUUUACUUAAAGAGGCACAGCGAAGCCUGCGCAGGUAACAUGCAUCACAGCUGAGGAUAAUGGAGGGAUGGCGAAUACCUCACGGACAUCAUGUCCUUCAAUAAUGGACAAUUUAGAAGUCAUACUUAGGAAUUUCUCCUACUUUACACUCUCUGUACAAAAACAUGGUUUACAUGAACACAGCUGCUCGAAGAGUGAAGAGGCAAAAUGGAUAUCCAGGAAGCACAUGUAUAUCCAUGGGUGUCAGCUUUACUUUCCUGGGAUUGAUUGGCGGUGGGGGGUUCUGAUGUUCAUAGAGAGUGCAAGUGCAAACCCCUUGAAAUGGCAGCAGUUCCACAGAGUUACACUUAAAAUGUAGAACUUCAAAAUGUGUACAUAUCACAUUUUAACAAAACAAAAAUCAAACUGAGAACUACAGCUGCUGAUGUCUGGGAAUCAGACGCUGCAUUUCUUUAAAAAGGCGCUUCUUCCCACAACACAAUGAUAAUAUGACAAUCCAGAAGAAACCACAGGUCCUAGAAGCUGACUGUCCUUUUAUUUUGUUUUUCUGAUGGAGGAGAAAAUGAAAGGCUAAACCUUGCCUAACAUUUUGAAGUUUCAUCUUUUAAUUCUGACACCCAUGUAAAUGUCCAAACUGUUGAUGUUCCACAAUGAAAUUUUCAAAGCCUUGUUAAUGGUCAAAUGUGCAGCUUGUUCAGCAAUUUUAUUCUGAUGAGCGGACAUGGUGUUGUAUUACUAAUGAGAGCUGGGUAUAACUAUCUGGGGGAGCGAUGUGUACAGAUAGCUUUUUUGCUACAUUCUCUAAUGUAGUUGAGUAUUUACUGAUGUGAAAUGAGAGUAUUUUUAUUUUGUGUACAUACUGUAUGACAACGUUCUUUUUUGGUUAUAGCUAUGCACUGUAAAUGCAGCCUUCUUUUCAAAAACUGCUAAAUUUUUCUUAAUCAAGAAUAUUCAAAUGUAAUUAUAUGAAGUGAAACUAUUAUUGUACACUAACAUAUUUAGAAAGCUGAACUUAUGCUUCUAUAUAUUUGAUUGUAACAAAGAGAAAAGUGUGCGUGUGUGUGUGUGUGUUGAGUGCAAAAAUAUCAAUGCUUUACACAUAUUCAUCCCUUCUGUGGUGAUCUUAUCUAAGAAUUUUGUCAAGAAUUUUGUCAAAAACUAUCCAAGCCCAAAAGGAAUUAACCACUUCUGCAAUAUUUUCCACAUUUUUCUCAUUGUUUGUUUUUCUUUUGCUGUUUUAUACACUGAAUUUGUUAGGGGAAUGAAAUUUUCUCAUCUAAAAUUUUCUAGGUGAUAUCAUAAUUUUAUGUAAAAUCUCUUAAAUGGGUAAUCAUUAAGAAAUGUUUUUAUUUUAUGUAUCAACAGUAGUUUUGGAACUAGAAGUCAAAAAUCUUUUUAAAAUGCUGUUUUGUUUUAAUUUUUGUGAUUUUAAUUUGAUAAAAAAAUGCUGAGGUACUAAGCACGGUAUGAUUUUUACAAUAAUUUUGUGUGUCUAAGCACUGUUAUUGAAGCCAGUAAUCUUUUCAUUGGCAGAGCUUGAUGCUAUUUAUCUAUAUUUUUUACAGUUAUGCAUCCUGUAUAAAUACUGAUCCUUCAUUCCUUUGUUUACUAAAGAGACAUAUUUAUCAGUUGCAAUUAACAUAUUUAUUAUAAAUUAUGAGACGACUAAAAUAAUAAAAAGGCCAGUGGAAAUUUUGUACCUAGGAUGCAUGACACUUGUCAGGUUGGAGUAAGUGCUUCAUUUGGAAAAUUCAGCUUUUGCAGGAGCAGUGUUUUUGUUACUAUGCACUACCAUGGCCUCAGAUGUGUCCAUGACAUUGUUGAUGAAAUUGCUUCUGCUAAAUUAAAUAGAAACUUCAGGAAAAAAAACUACCAUUCUGAAUAUCAGGAUUUCAUCUGAACUUGGAGCUUCUAGACUGAAUCAGUGAAGUUUGGAGUCCGCUUGUAAGUUUAUAGAUUGGUAUUCUAUUACUGUUUGGCAUUCAUGACUUCUUUUAAAGAUAUGGCACGCUUACCUAUUUAAUCUCCCUUUUCACCUCGACUCUUAGAAAACUGAUUUUGCCCCCAAGCCAGUGCAGCUGAUUUUGAUAGCUGCAUUCAUUUUAUCGCCAGCAUAUUGUGUUCUGAGAGAUUCCACUGUCUGUCUUGUUGGAUGCUUGCUUGAUUUUUUGGCUUCUUAUUUCUAAGUAGAUAGAUAGCAAUAAAAAAAGAGAACUUUUUCACAGGUUCAGUGUUACAAUUGUAACAUCCUUUAAUCUGCAUAAUUCUUGCUGUUGCUCUGUAGGUUAAAAUGCAGGUAUUUUAACUUUGAUUGUGUGAAUGCCAAACUAAAGUUUACAGUUUUCCUUUCUGGACUUUGAGUAUCUUCUGUUGUAAAGAAAAGACUAUUAAAAGCAAUAAAUUAUUUUUUAGAAAUCAAUAUUUAGUAUAUCAUAUUAUGUGUUCAAGGACCAGAUGCAUUACCUAUUUUGCCUUUAAAUUCCUGUGAUUACAUUUUAAAUAUGUUCUCUUUUGCCCUGGAUUGCUGAGAUGAACAAAUAGUGUGCUUUUUUCUUCCUCUUCCCUCCCCUCCCCCCAACAGACAUUAUACCACAGUUCAAUUUUUUUUUCACUGGCCUGACAAAUAUUCUUUUCUUGAAGAUGGCUUUCCUCCGUGGACUUACAGAUUGCAUAUGAAAUUAACGUAGAAGUAGGAUCUCUGAAUAAUCUGAAUAAAGCUAUUUGUAUCUUUUGUAGACACUGUGGUUAGCCCAUCAAAAUGUAAAGUUAGGGAUUUUUUUUAAGAGAACAUUUCAAAUUAGCACAUGUAUCACAUCAUCACUAGAGGCAAACUGCAGUAUAGAUCUGUAUGUCUUUUAGAUGAAGAUUGUACCGUUGCUUCCAUGCUGUGGUAAGUACCACAUCUGCAAUACUGGUAACAGAACUGAUACUUAGGAACUAUGGUCUUUUCUAGAGAUGUAACAAAGUAAUUCCUACAUAACACAAAUUGAUCUGAAUCCAAACAGAAGGAGCCUAAAAUUGGGGGGGUGGGGGAGGAUUCUCAAUCUGUGUGAACAAUUGGGUUGCCAGUGCCGAUAACAGCAUGGAGAGAAAAGUUUUUGUGUUACUAGGGUAUAAUAGUUGGGUCAGCUGAAAAAAGAAAGCCUUCUUUUCAUCUCUUUAGAUGUAAGCUUACAGUAGGUAAUGAUUAUGUGUCCUUUUUGAUGGCUGUAAUGAGAACUUCAAUCACUGUAGUAUAAGAUCUGAUCUAUAAAUGAUCUAGAAUAGCCAUGUAAUAUAAUGUGAUGAUUCUAAAUUUGUACCUAUAUGACAGAUAUUUUCAAUAAUGUGAACCACUGAUCUGAUGGAGCUACUGUAAAAUUUGUACAGUAGGUGAAAGUGUAAAGCUAUUGGUUGAACUAUGCUGAAUAGGGAAAAUGAACUAUUAGUUUAGCCCUAACUGGGCUAUUUUCCACCUGCCAAUUCUACAUGUACUGUUGUGGUUUAAUUCAUUGUAUGAAAAUUCCUGUGAUUUUUUUUUUUAAAUGUGCUGUACACAUCAGCCUCACUGAGCAAAUAAAGGGAAACGAAUGUUUCAAAUUCA